CACUCAUUCGUUUCUGACGACCCACAAUCAACAUAAUAGAAAAUGUCUGGCCGCGGUAAGGGAGGUAAAGGACUCGGUAAAGGAGGCGCUAAGCGUCACCGUAAAGUGCUCCGUGAUAACAUCCAGGGCAUCACCAAGCCCGCUAUCCGCCGUCUGGCUCGCCGCGGUGGAGUCAAGCGUAUCUCCGGUCUGAUCUACGAGGAGACCCGCGGUGUGUUGAAGGUCUUCCUGGAGAACGUCAUCCGUGAUGCCGUCACCUACACCGAGCACGCCAAGAGGAAGACUGUGACCGCCAUGGAUGUGGUGUACGCUCUCAAGAGGCAGGGCCGCACCCUGUACGGCUUCGGAGGUUAAACUGCACACUACUGAUACAAACACAAAGGCUCUUUUAAGAGCCACACACUACAUCUAC